CACAAUUUCAAAAAUAUACGAUCCAUAACUAAUACGAGCUUAUUUUCAGUGUCCUCGAAACGUGUUAUUUCGUUUUCGGCAAUAGGAGAAUUUUUCAAGGAUGAUAUAUCCCAGCUUCAACGUGGUGAAAAUUCUUUUGAAAGUGGGAAUGUCCACAAAAUGCUAUUUGAUGCAGAAGUUUCUCCAGCACUAUUAAGGGGAGAAGUCGCCGCAAGUAUGAAGAAAAAAAUGUAUGCUGUGGAGAUUUCAUAUGAUCUUGAUGAUGGGAUUGUCUGUGCUAAAUGCUCCUGUCCAAGAGGUCUAGCAGUUUGUCACCACAUGGCUGCUCUUUGCAUCCAUGCUCACCAUAACAUAAGCGUGACAGAUAAGACAUGUUUAUGGAGUAAACGGAAGCCAGCAGAAACUGAACAGGUCACAAAAAUUAGUGAUAUCUACAAGCCUAAAUAUUCAGGUUUCAAAGCUGCUCAAAGAAGUGCAACUGAGUCUGAGAUUGUAACAUUGAUUCAAUCAAUAGAUCAUCAGGGAAAAGUUGAAGAAACAUGUCGACUGGACUUUCAACUGUGUCUGGAAUGUUUGGGCCUGUUCUUCCGCUAA